CUUCGAAGCACCUGGCGGGACUUGCUCCGUCAGUCUGACUGUCCCAUGCUGCGAUUCCAAAUGUUUCUUGAGAUUUGAUGUGGUGUUUUUGAAGCUAGACAGCACUUUCUCGCCAGCACAGAGGGUACAACGAACCUUGAUAUUGUCAUACUUCGCUGACAGAAACUCAAAAUAGUUCCUGUAUUUCCAGCUACAAAAUGCGUAUCUCUCUCCUCCCUCCAUUAUUUACGUUUCUGUGAUGGCGUAGUAUCACAGGUGAUGAUAACGUGACUGAAUUGUCACAUAGAUCAGACGUCACUCCCCGAGACGCAUAGAGGAAUAAAAAUGAAAUUACAAGAGAAAAUGACAAAAAUAGUAACGCAUAGUGAUUUGGAUAAGUAACUUUAAUCUGAUUACUGGAUAUGAAAUAGAAACGCGUUAUAUGAGAGACAUCACUGGCUACAAGUGACACAAAAUCGUUAAAAAUAGAUUUACGAAAUCUUUAUUUUAUUUGUAAAAUCAUGACAGUUGCAUUUUCAAUAAGUUUUUUAUUUUUAUUUAGCACUAGGAUCACCUUUUUCUUUUUGUAAAGCAGAAGACUAGUGUCGGGACAGUCGAUUCGCUUUUUAGUUCUUAAUGGAUCUCAUAAGUUAAAUAAUAAACAUUUUCCUGUUUUGCACAAUGGUUGGCAGGGGAGUUUAUGUUUGGUUCUGUUUGCGCAGCAUUCAUGCAGUUACCGACAUGGUUUUGUUAAAUGGCGGCCCAAUACAGAAAUAAUGUCGGAUAAGGGAAGUUUGAAGAUGACUGCUCCUCCUCUUCUCUCCCGCCCCCCUUCCUCCCCCUCCUCCUCCAGGACCAUCUUCCCUCGCUAGGACCCUCUCCUCUUCGGGUCAGAGCUCCAGGAGCUGGAACUGUUGGAACUUGGUGACUUCCGUCGUUCUGGUAUUGAUUUGAGUGUCGCCACAAAGGUCACCUCUGGACUGAACCGCUCCGGGACCAACCUGCAGCUGGAAGCCGUCUCACUUUUACGUGAUUAUUCCAGUACUGGAUACUUCUUGUGGUGCUGUUGAUAUCCUUAGAAACUCAACACGUAUUUGAUCUGAUACCAGUCUUGAGAUGGGUCGAGCAUUUUGGGUCACCCAGAACUCCCCCUCGGUUUAGCCUGAACCAAGAUGCUGCCUCAGCGGGUCCUCUGCUUGUUGCUGUGCGGCGAGAUCGGCGCGAUUCAGCUUCUCCGGAACAAAAGGUCGAGACUCGGUCCUCAUUAUGAAUCCACCACCGCCGACAGGAAUGCGCACAGCCAGGAAUGGCGGCCAGUCAGCUGGUGGGACAAUGGAGGAGCCAUUGCCAAGGUCCCAUCGCUGGGUAGAGUAAAUCCAGAAUCAUCUGAGCGGCUGGGAGCACAGUCCCUACGGUCUGUGCGUAAAAGCUCUGCAAAAAAUGGGGAUUUACGCACGGAGAAAAGUAAGAGAAAAGGCGAGUGUAAUGUGGGAGAAGUGUUGAAACAAACCGUGAAUGGACCUAAAUGCGUAGUUAGAACCGAUGAGAACGAUCCGAGGCACAUGCAGGACCGUAGGAGACGGAGUGGGCUCCUUCUGGACUCACCGAAGGUUCUGUCUGUCGCCAUGGCGCAGGAGCAGGGUGCACUGUUCCCCUUAAUGUUUAACAGCAGCAGCUAUGAUGAAGAGGAGCACUUCCCGUCGGACAUCCCUGACACCACGCCGUUUAGCCCAGUGAACCCGCGGACCAGACGCAAGCAGAUGAAGAACCCGUUUUAUCCGGUGUCCUACGGAGCCUACGCGGUGCUAAUGGUGGCUGCCAUCAUAUUCAGCGUGGGGAUUAUCGGGAACAUGGCGCUCAUGUGUAUCGUGUGUCACAACUACUACAUGAGGAGCAUCUCCAACUCCCUCCUGGCCAAUCUGGCGCUCUGGGACUUCAUCGUUGUCUUUUUCUGCCUACCGCUCGUAGUUUUCCACGAGCUCACCGAGAACUGGCUGCUGGGAGAGUUCUCCUGCAGGAUUGUCCCCUACCUGGAGGUGGCAUCUCUCGGGGUCACCACGUUCACGCUGUGCGCUCUGUGCAUCGAUCGUUUUCGCGCAGCCACCAAUGUGAAGAUGUACUAUGAGAUGAUUGAGAACUGGGCAUCUACCACGGCCAAGCUUGCAGUCAUUUGGGUUGGUGCGUUGCUGCUGGCUUUACCUGAGCUGCUUAUCCGACAGCUAGUGACUGAGGACAGUGAUUUACCCGAUGUGACACCCUGUGAACGCUGUGUGGUUCGGAUCUCCACCGAGCUACCAGACACGCUAUACAUCCUGGGCCUUACCUAUGACGGAGCACGCCUUUGGUGGUACUUCGGCUGCUACUUCUGUCUGCCAACACUGUUCACUAUUUUCAGCUCACUGAUUACUGCCAGAAAGAUCCGUCGUGCUGAGCGAGCCUGUGUACGUGGGAGCAAGAAGCAAAUCCAGCUGGAGAGCCAGAUGAACUGUGCCGUGGUGGCCUUGGCCAUCAUUUAUGGCUUUUGCAUAAUUCCUGAGAACAUCUGCAACAUUGUCACUGUGUACAUGGCGGCUGGCAUUCCUAGGAGGACCCUGGACAUCCUGCAUUUGGUCAGCCAGCUGCUGCUGUUCUGCAAGUCUGCAGUAACCCCCGCCCUGCUGUUCUGCCUGUGCCAGCCAUUCACCAGAGCCUUUUUGGACUGUUGCUGCUGCUGCUGCGAGGAGUGUGGCUCACCCCGCAACAGCGAUGUUGAAAAUGAAUGUGCCACCACUGACCUCGAGCUAUCUCCAUUCAACACCAUCAACAGGCAGCCCUCCACCUCAGCUGCAUACUCUGCUGUAGGGACACACUGCUGAGAUCAUAGCUACAUGACUGAACAUCUUUAGGUGAACAGCUCCAAGCUGUUUAAUUCUGAGACUCUCCAAAAGUUUAACUUGUUUAUGUCAGCUGACAGACUCAUAAUGCACAUGUCUGUUGAACCAAUGUUUACUGAAUUGAACAGGUGGAUUCAAUUACGCCUAAAUCCAUGAAACCUUUUUUUUUUUUUUACAGGAGGUUUUUGUUAUUUUCUAAAUGUAUUGCGGUCCUCUUAGCACCAUACCUUUGUCAUCUAUUGUAGCCUACUAGUGGCAAUAAAUUACACAGUGUGGUGGUACUUCACAUAAAUGGAGGCUAGUUUGAAAGUCAACUACAGAUUACUUUCAGCAUUAAUUUGCAUCUGCUGAGAUUUUUCAUCUCAUCACAGGGGAUCAUUUUCUGUUUUUGAAGGGAAAAAAAAUUCAUUUCACAUUUGACCAGAGAUGAAGUCAUGAAAUAGACAUAUCCAAACAUACAUAAAUAAUUAAAUGUACAUCCAUGGAGCCUACCUCGGGUGCGGCCAACUUGAAUCGCCACUGCUGCCACUUCUAUGUAAAAACACCUUCAACUGUACCCUAAUUCCAGCCUGUUUUGAUAAAAUGCAUGAAGAAUAAAUAAAUAUAUGAAUAAAUAAAUGUAUGCCUUGGAUGUUGGACCAUCUAGCAUGCAAUGCAUUUUACUUAUAGAUAGUAAAACCUCAAUUUAUAAAAAUUGAGGUGUUGGGUCCUUGUUGAUUCACUUUCUACGUGAAAGAAUCCAGUCAGUAUUAGUUAACUUAGUGUUUGUACAGCUUUUACUUGUAUUUUUAUCACUUUUUAUCAGUCAUUAAUUCUAUAUCAAAGCACAAAAAGACUGUUGAGAAAAUUAUCCAUUUAUGUUUGUAAACUGGCUGUUUGCUGAUGUUUUAGUAAAUUACCUCUUGAAUGGUUUGAGUAUCUCUAUUUUGUUUUUACAGUCAAGAAUUAAAACAUAUCUGUUUAUAAAA